AUGGCAGCGGGCACAGCAGAGGGAGACACACACAUGGACGAGUUGGUGGACCAGGGUCUGGGGAUGGAGGAGACUGCCCAUGACUUGCUGAGGAGGCCUUCUCUGAAGGAGAGCUACCACAGUGAUUCACUGCUGGCACCAGACACUGACUUCAUGACAGAUGACCGCAGUUCAGCAGCCAGCGGCCUGGAUGUAGCCGACCGGCUGACCUAUCUGGAGCAGAGGAUGCAGAUGCAGGAGGAUGAAAUCCAGCUGUUGAAGAUGGCUCUGGCUGACGUCCUCAAGAGGCUCAACAUCUCUGAGGAGCACCAGGCUGCUGCUGCUGCUGCUUCUGCUGGCAGGAGAGUGCCGGGGACUAAAGCUAGGCCUGUAUCUCUGGCUCUGCCCUCCAGACCGCCCAUGGUGUCCUCCAGCUCUGCCAUACUGAAGAAGAGCACCACGCUGCCCUCCAGCUCCACAGCCAGGAACUACAGCCCAACACCACCUCGCAGUGGUGUGAAGAGCCCACCAGGGAGUGUGAAGGACAGUCCAUGUAAGACUGCCAAAACACGAACCACCUCUGCAGCCUCCACAUGUAAAAAACCUCAGGAAGGCAAGUCCAAGGAGGCUGCAGUAAGUGUAGGGACAAGACGUGUGACACACUGCAAAGUGACUAUGCAGAUCUAUCUGAGCCCCCACGCAAGAAAGACUGGGUCUUCUGAGACCGCCAAAUCCGCGUCAGCGGUGCCUGCCAACAGCAGGCCCGCGGGCACACCCAGCAACCCUCAGGCGAAGGGGGGCAGCAAGACGGAGACGAGGAAGACAACCCCAUCCUUCACCUUAAACCUGCAGAAAACCACAACCAGCAUGAACACACCACAGGACACAUCCAACUACAAGAGCCCCAUCAAGUCACCCAGCCAGUACUUUCAGAUUUGUUAUUAAAGCAAGUGGACAGAGAUAGAUUUACAACAAUUUUGUCUCAGUCAUUGAGUUUUCUAAAACCAAACUAAUUAUUAAAAGCCUCAAUCAGCCACUUGAACAGAAACUGCAAAUAAAGACUUUCUACCACUGCUGGAAAAAAAAAACAAACUAGAAAUACAUUUUAAAAUGGGGAUGAGUGUCCUUCUCAAACUGCAGGGAUGAAAUGAUUGUCUUCUGUAGGUCAUCCUGACUUUGUUGCGUUUGGGUAGGUACGCCGUGAGCAGCAUUUUGAAACAUUUCCACUGACAAGUCUAAGUACUUAAAUUUGUCACUACCCUGUUUUAUGGCAUGAUUCUUUAUUUUAAGGAUAGUAUGAAAGCUUCAAUGUGUUUUUAGCCUCCUCAGAGACCACAGUGUAGUCAUAGAUCCAUUUCUCACAUGCUAGUAUCUGCAUUUUGUUUCAGUGACUGCCUGUGUUUACUGUUUAUGUGCUCUUCAUCAAGUCCUCACUUCGUCUGACAGUAUGGAUGUGUGUCUGCAGACGUCUGUGUGAUGUUAGAGGAGAAGUGUGUUUGAUGUUGAUGAGCGUGUGACGUCGGGUCUGUUUCCAUGUCUGUUUGCUGUGAUGUUUCCAGUUUUGUAGUUGAUGUUCCACCGUAGCUAAAACACAGGAAGUACCAGGAUCA